AUGGAGCCUUCCCCGGCAAUGAAACCAUUUUACCCCUGUGUUGCGGGCAAGGAGGAUCUAAUGGCCCUAUCCUCGCUGCUGGGGGUGAAUGAUCUCAGUGGGCGAGUAGCAUAUAACGCUUUCAACCUCAACAGUGAUAUUCAGCUUCCGCCCCUCCGACUAGGAGACUGCCACUUCACUACUGAGAUAAUGCGCUUCACUGUCACUGGUAACCAUAUUGCUGCGUUCCAUUUUGCCAUUGAGGUUUGCGCUGACGGGAAGACGGCGCUGGAAGCAUUCGAGCGGAGAAAGUUGAAGAAAGGUGAUGACGAUACUAAGGGGCGCGGAUUUCAACUUGUACGACUUGGUGCGAGCUCCGAAGAUGCCAGUCAAGGCUUAUUUUCUUCCACUUUAUCUCCCUCUCUUGGUGAGACCGUUGCUGUGCUUGACUGGUCGAAGGGCCUGUCCAGCCUUGCAUGUGUGUUCUCGCUCCAGAUGAUGGGCAGUGGACAGCCAAAUAUAUUGGGGCAGCGCUGGGUAUUCAUGGCUCCUUAG